AUGGAGAUAGCGAAUGCUAGCGUUAGCCCAGCCAUCCACAUUGCAAGAGCUCUGGGUGUUCUUUCCAUUGAAGCUUCACUGGCCACCUCCCUGGCUUGCUCACUGAGGUGGUCUACUAGCUGCCUGACUUCUGCGGAAGAACUUGCCGGUUCCCCGAUUUGCGUUGCCUCCGCCAGCUGCUGUAACUCAGGGAUGCUUGGGGGUCUCUGUGUUAGACAGUCCCACCAUAUCGCGCACCCAAGAUAUAGCGCCGGUAAGAUUAAGCUGAGAACUUCCGUGACGUGCUGCCCUUGCCCCGACCCCGCCUGUGAGUGCUCUGUUGCCCCGGGUGUACCUGUAGCUCUCUGGUCUUGA